CGACUCUCUGUCGGCUCUGCAGGUAAAUAAAAGAGACUGUGUGUAUGAAUGAACAGUCUUGCUGCAUUGUGUUGUAUAAAAUAUAUUAACAAUCAUAUCUCUUCGUUACUCUCACCUCUCUGCAUAUUCUCUGUCUCUCUCUUGCUUUCACAGCACCAUCAAAUGGAUUAUGAUAGAAUACAUAAACCCCAGACUGGGAUCAUUUCACCAAGCAAGCUGAGAAUGAAGCUGAUGGGCCAACAGAGAAAGAAAGAAGGAGGAUCAAAUAGUAACUCUGCAAGAACUUCUCCUUCUAAGCUUGAGGAUGCAGAGUUUGUGAGGAAUAGCUUGUUGGCUUCUGAUGUGGAGGAUUUUUAUCAAGAUGUUUCCAAUCUACAAAUUGAGUCGGUGAAACCAGGAGGCUCUGCGGUUUUGGAUUACAGUCAAGGCGAUUACAACCCUUAUCAGCAAAGGGAACAUGGUAAUGGCGGUCGUCUUAAAUUGCAACAAUUCUCAAAAGCGGAUGGUUUAAGUUUGAGUUCAGUUCAUCCGAUGAGAGCAUUGGAAGAUGAUAUUGAUUAUGAUAGUAAUGCAAGUUCAUCUAGCUUUGAAUUUCAAGGGGAAAGAACAGUGAACAAUCCUAUUGGGAGGUCACACUUGAGGCCAAAAUCUUCGAAGUGGAAUGAUGCAGAGAAGUGGAUAAUGAAUAGGCAAGCUAAUCAUUCAAAAAGUAGCAAUGUACAAAGCCAAGCGAUGAGAAUGCAAGUUAAAAAUGGUGUUAAAUUUGCUUCAGAGUCUGCUAGCAGUGACAACAAGUCGGCAGUUAAACGAGUUGAUUUCUGCCAACCUGCAGAACUAAUGAGCAUGGAGAAGUUUUCUUUUAUUUCUCCUGGAGGUCUGCCUACUGGUCAAGGAAACGGGACAAAUCUGCCGAUUGAUCUUUGCCCUCAAAGUAAGGAUCUGGAAGCCGUGGAAUCCAAGAAUUCCUCGUGUAUGACUGCUGCAGGCGACGGAUCAACAGGUCCACCAGUAAUAAGAGCUGUUUCGAUGAGAGACAUGGGAACAGAAAUGACUCCUGUUCCAAGUCAGGAACCUUCAAGGACUGCUACUCCUGUAGGGGCAACGACUCCAAUUCGGAGUCCAACUUCUUCACUCCCAUCCACUCCUCGAGGAGUACCAACUUGCACGCCUGCAGAUUACUUUAGUGAUGCUGAGUUGAAAACUUCGACUAAGGGUGGCACAAAAGAGUUGUCAGAGCAAGAACUGAAACUCAAGACAAGAAAGGAGAUUGUAGCUCUUGGCGUCCAACUUGGUAAGAUGAAUAUCGCUGCCUGGGCAAGUAAAGAUGAGAAAGACAAUAGUGCUGCAGCAGCUGAAAACGCUGAACUGGAGGAACUGCGUAGGAUAGAAUUUGAGAAACGUGCAGAACUAUGGGAAGAAGCUGAAAAAUCUAAGCACAACGCAAGAUUCAAGAGGGAAGCAAUCAAAAUCCAAGCCUGGGAGAGCCAGCAGAAAGCAAAACUUGAUGCCGAGAUGAGGAGAAUCGAGUCCCAAGUCGAACAAAUGAAAGCACAUGCCCAGGCAAAAAUGGUUAAAAAGAUUGCAAUGGCAAGGCAAAGAUCAGAGGAAAAACGCAUUUCAGCUGAAGCUAAGAAGAAUCGCCAAAACGAGAAACUUGCUGCUCAGGCAGACUACAUUCGCCAAACUGGCCGUCUUCCAUCUUAUCCAUAUAUGUGUUGCGGAUAGUCCUACAUAAUUAAGCAGUACUAGACAAGUCUCCGAAUAGCCUACUUGAAUCAUCCGCAUCUCGUGUAAAGAGGAUUGCUUUCAUCUGUUUAAUCUAUCCAUAUAAGUACUCCCCACAAGGUACAAGUUAUAGAUGGGUUGUGUUCUUGAAUUGCUGCACAACAUCCACACACAGAUACUUGUAUGUUCAAGAAUGGAUAGUGUUGUAAAACCCGCGGUCUUGCAGUUGGUUACAGUUUGCCAUGUACAUUUGAAACUUAGACUGAAAUCGAGGUUUUUAUUUCAAGGUUAUUUGAUACACAUUGCCGUUCUGGUUGAAAAAACUGAAAUGUAGCUUUCCCAAUCUAUUUAAAUGGCUUUUAGUUUCAA